UUUGCCCAUUCUAACGGACUCUGGAGAGAGGCCACCAUGAAGGCGUUUUAUGUCAUCGCCAUCGCUCUGGCACUUGUCGCCCACGACAGCAUCGCUGAACAUGUUGCAGACAAGCCUGAUGACUCAGCCAACCUAUUGAGUGUACUUCCACGCCAACCAUGGCUUCCUCGGCCAUGGCCCCGGCCAUGGCCCUCUUUUCGGCCCUGGCCUCAGCCCUGGCCUAUGCCCGAACCAAUUGAUUACUCACUUCAAGAUCUGCCAGAAAUGGAGAUACAUGUGGAGGAGGAGCAAAAGACGACGCCACGCCACUCUGCUUUUCUCUGGCCUAAUAGACCCUGGCCCCAGCCUUGGCCUCUGCCCCAGCCUCGACCAUGGCCUCAGCCCUGGCCACUACCAAAGCCAAUGGAUUACACUCUGAAAGGCAUGCCAAAACCAGAGAGCUCUGCUGAGGAGCAACCCAAGCAACGGCAGCGCCGUACUGCUUUUUCCAUUAGACCAUGGCCUCAACCCUGGCCCCAGCCCUGGCCCCGACCAUGGCCACAGCCACUGCCCCAGCCCUGGCCUCGUCCGCUUCCGAUUCCAGCGCCAAACCCGUGGCCUGAUUACUACCCGAGGUACUAGGUUGAUCAUUGCGAUCACUGGAUGGCAAAUGGUUUUGCAAAUUAAAAUAAACACCGAUUAAGGCACUAA